AUGGUUGGUCAACAAUAUUCAAGUGCUCCAUUACGUACUGUUAAAGAAGUUCAAUUUGGUCUGUUUUCUCCUGAAGAAAUCCGUGCCAUUAGUGUGGCCAAGAUUAGAUUUCCUGAAACUAUGGAUGAAACCCAAACAAGAGCAAAGAUUGGUGGGUUAAACGAUCCCAGACUGGGUUCUAUAGAUAGAAAUUUAAGAUGUCAAACCUGUCAAGAAAGUAUGAAUGAAUGUCCUGGUCAUUUUGGUCAUAUUGAUUUAGCCAAACCUGUGUUUCAUAUUGGGUUUAUUACAAGAAUCAAAAAGGUUUGUGAGUCUGUUUGCAUGCAUUGUGGUAAAUUAUUAUUAGAUGAACAUAACGAACAAAUGCGCCAAGCCAUACGCAUAAAAGAUCCAAAGAAAAGGUUUAAUGCUGUUUGGACUCUUUGUAAAACUAAAAUGAUUUGUGAAACCGACGUACCUUCUGAAACGGAUCCAACACAACUAGUAUCAAGAGGUGGGUGUGGUAACGCACAGCCAACAAUUCGUAAAGAUGGUUUGAAACUGGUUGGUAGUUGGAAAAAGGAUAAAAUAAAUGACGGUGAAGAGCCUGAGCAAAGAGUUUUAAGUACAGAGGAAAUCUUAAAUAUCUUCAAACACAUUUCUCCGGAAGAUUCAACAAGAUUAGGGUUUAAUGAAGAAUUUUCUCGUCCUGAGUGGAUGAUCCUAACCGUUUUACCUGUUCCACCACCACCAGUUCGUCCAUCUAUUUCAUUUAAUGAAUCUCAAAGAGGUGAGGAUGAUUUGACUUUCAAAUUGGCUGAUAUCCUAAAAGCAAACAUCAGUCUGGAAACAUUAGAACAUAAUGGUGCUCCACAUCAUGCCAUCGAGGAAGCAGAAAGUUUAUUGCAAUUUCAUGUUGCAACAUAUAUGGACAAUGAUAUUGCAGGGCAGCCACAGGCACUUCAAAAAUCAGGUCGUCCAGUCAAAUCUAUCCGUGCUCGUUUAAAAGGUAAAGAAGGUCGUAUUAGAGGUAAUCUAAUGGGUAAGCGUGUGGAUUUCUCUGCAAGAACAGUUAUCUCAGGUGAUCCUAAUCUAGAUCUAGAUCAAGUUGGUGUCCCUAAAUCGAUUGCUAGAACUUUGACAUACCCAGAAGUUGUUACACCAUAUAAUAUUGACAGACUAACGCAAUUAGUUCGUAAUGGACCAAAUGAACACCCAGGUGCUAAAUAUGUUAUCCGUGAUAAUGGUGAUCGUAUUGACUUAAGAUAUAGUAAAAGAGCAGGUGACAUUCAAUUACAGUACGGUUGGAAAGUGGAGCGUCAUAUUGUCGAUGAUGAUCCUGUCUUAUUCAACCGUCAACCAUCUUUACAUAAAAUGUCAAUGAUGGCUCAUAGAGUUAAAGUGGUUCCAUAUUCUACAUUUAGAUUGAAUCUUUCUGUUACUUCUCCAUAUAAUGCAGAUUUCGAUGGUGAUGAAAUGAAUCUACAUGUCCCUCAAUCUGAAGAAACUAAAGCAGAAUUAUCCCAAUUAUGUGCAGUUCCACUACAGAUUGUUUCCCCACAAAGUAAUAAACCAUGUAUGGGUAUUGUGCAGGAUACAUUGUGUGGUAUUCGUAUUUUAACAUUGAAGGACACUUUCUUGGAAUUAGAUCAUGUACUAAAUAUGCUAUAUUGGAUUCCUGAUUGGGAUGGUGUUAUUCCAACUCCAGCAAUUGUCAAACCUAAACCAUUAUGGACCGGUAAACAAAUAUUAUCUGCUGCAAUCCCUAAAGGUAUCCAUUUGCAACGUUUUGAUGAAGGUACCACACUAUUAUCACCAAAGGAUAACGGUAUGCUUAUUAUUGAUGGUCAAAUUAUCUUUGGUGUUGUAGAUAAAAAGACCGUUGGAUCUUCAAGUGGUGGUUUGAUACAUGUUGUAACAAGAGAGAAAGGUCCGUAUGUAUGUGCAAGAUUAUUUGGUAAUAUUCAAAAAGUUGUUAAUUUCUGGUUGCUACACAAUGGUUUCUCCACAGGUAUUGGUGAUACCAUCGCUGAUGGUGCAACUAUUAAAGAAAUUACAGAAACUAUUGCUGAAGCUAAAAGAAAGGUUGAAGAAGUUACAAAGGAAGCACAAGCCAAUUUGUUAACAGCUAAACACGGUAUGACACUUCGUGAAUCCUUUGAAGAUAACGUGCUACGUUACUUAAACGAGGCCAGAGAUAAAGCAGGUCGUUUGGCAGAAGUUAAUUUAAAUGAUACCAAUAAUGUGAAACAAAUGGUAAGUGCUGGUUCAAAGGGUUCUUUCAUUAAUAUCGCGCAGAUGUCUGCUUGUGUUGGCCAACAAUCUGUUGAAGGUAAGCGUAUUGGUUAUGGUUUUGUUGAUCGUACUCUACCUCACUUUUCCAAAGAUGAUUAUUCUCCAGAAUCUAAAGGUUUUGUUGAAAACUCAUAUUUGAGAGGGUUGACUCCACAAGAAUUUUUUUUCCAUGCUAUGGGUGGUCGUGAAGGUUUAAUUGAUACUGCCGUCAAAACUGCUGAAACCGGUUAUAUUCAACGUCGUUUAGUUAAGGCCCUAGAAGAUAUUAUGGUUCAUUAUGAUAAUACUAUUAGAAAUUCAUUAGGAAAUGUUAUUCAAUUUAUCUAUGGUGAAGAUGGUAUAGAUGCCUCAUAUAUAGAAAAACAAUCUAUUGAUACCAUUGGAGGCUCGGAUGUUGCAUUUGAAAAGAAAUACAGAGUUGAUCUAUUAAAUGUUGAACACUCCUUAGAUCCAACCCUACUAGAAUCUGGUUUUGAAAUCAUGGGCAAUCUAAAGCUUCAAUCGUUAUUAGAUGAAGAAUACAAACAAUUGGUUGAAGACCGUAAAUUCUUGAGAGAUGUCUUUAUUGAUGGUGAAUCUAACUGGCCAUUACCUGUUAACAUUAGACGUAUCAUUCAAAAUUCUCAACAAACCUUUAGAAUUGACUAUUCUAAGCCAUCUGAUUUGACAAUUCGUGAUAUCAUUGAUGGGGUAAAAGGUUUACAAUCAAGACUUAUUGUACUUCGUGGUAAAAGUGACAUAAUACAGCGCGCCCAAGAGGAUGCAGUGACACUAUUCUGCUGUUUGGUACGUUCACGUUUAGCUACUAGAAGAGUUUUACAAGAAUACAGAUUAACUAAAGAAGCCUUUGAAUGGGUACUGAAUAAUAUUGAGGCACAAUUCUUACGUUCAGUUGUUCACCCAGGUGAAAUGGUUGGUGUUUUGGCUGCACAAUCUAUUGGUGAACCCGCUACGCAAAUGACUUUAAAUACAUUCCAUUUUGCUGGUGUUGCCUCUAAAAAGGUUACUUCUGGUGUCCCACGUUUGAAAGAAAUUUUGAAUGUCGCAAAGAAUAUGAAAACACCUUCUUUAACCGUAUAUUUAGAAGAUGGAUACUCAUCAGAUCAAGAAAAGGCUAAACUAAUCAGAUCUGCAAUUGAACAUACUACUUUAAAGAGUGUCACGGUGGCAUCAGAAAUUUACUAUGACCCUGAUCCACGUUCUACAGUUAUCGAAGAAGAUGAAGAAAUUAUUCAAUUACACUUUUCAUUGCUGGAUGAUGAAAUGGAAGCUUCUUUGGAUCAACAAUCUCCUUGGUUACUACGUUUAGAAUUAGACCGUGCUGCAAUGAACGAUAAAGAUUUGACUAUGGGUCAAGUUGGUGAAAGAAUUAAAGAAACUUUUAAGAACGACUUAUUUGUCAUUUGGUCUGAAGAUAAUGCUGAGAAAUUAAUCAUACGUUGUCGUGUUGUUCGUCCAAAAUCAUUAGAUGCAGAAACUGAAGCAGAGGAAGAUCAUAUGCUAAAGAAAAUAGAAAAUACCAUGCUUGAAAAUAUCACUCUUCGUGGUGUUGAAAAUAUUGAGCGUGUGGUUAUGAUGAAAUAUGAUCGUAAAGUACCUAGCGAAACCGGUGAAUACCAAAAGGUUCCUGAAUGGGUAUUAGAAUCAGAUGGUGUAAAUCUUGCUGAAGUAAUGCAAGUCCCUGGUGUCGAUGCCACCAGAAUAUACACAAAUUCCUUCAUUGAUAUUAUGGAAGUUCUAGGUAUUGAAGCAGGCCGUGCCGCUUUGUAUAAAGAAGUUUACAAUGUCAUUGCAUCCGAUGGUUCUUAUGUUAACUACCGUCAUAUGGCUUUAUUAGUUGACGUCAUGACCACACAAGGUGGUUUAACAUCUAUUACUCGUCAUGGUUUCAACAGAGCAAAUACUGGUGCUUUGAUGAGAUGUUCUUUUGAAGAAACUGUAGAAAUUCUUUUCGAAGCUGGUGCUGCUGCGGAAUUAGAUGAUUGUCGUGGUGUUUCUGAAAAUGUUUUAUUAGGCCAAAUGGCUCCAGUUGGUACUGGUGCAUUUGAUGUGAUGAUCGACGAAGAAUCUCUAGUCAAAUAUAUGCCUGAACAAAAGAUAACAGAGUUGGAAGUUGGAGAGGAAGGUGGUGCAACUCCAUAUGCUGAUGAUCAUGGUUUGAUUAAUGCUGAUAUUGAUGUCAAAGAUGAAUUAAUGUUUUCACCAUUAGUUGACUCAGGUGCAUCUGAUUCAAUGUCAGGUGGAUUUACUGCUUAUGGUGGUGCAGACUACGGUAGUGCUACUUCCCCAUUUACCUCAUACGGUGAUGCUCCUGCUUCUCCAGGAUUUGGGGGUGUAUCAUCACCAGGGUUUUCUCCAACUUCUCCCUCUUACAGUCCUACGUCACCAUCGUACUCCCCAACAUCCCCGUCAUAUUCACCAACCUCUCCAUCCUACAGUCCUACGUCACCUUCUUAUUCCCCAACAUCACCUUCAUACUCACCUACUUCACCAUCAUAUUCUCCAACAUCACCUUCAUAUUCCCCAACAUCCCCAUCAUAUUCACCAACCUCUCCUUCUUAUAGUCCUACAUCACCCUCGUAUUCUCCAACAUCUCCAUCAUACAGUCCAACGUCUCCAUCCUACUCCCCAACCUCCCCAUCUUACAGUCCAACGUCUCCAUCCUACUCCCCAACGUCUCCAUCCUACAGUCCUACGUCACCUUCUUAUUCCCCAACAUCACCUUCAUACUCACCUACUUCACCAUCGUAUUCUCCAACAUCACCUUCAUAUUCCCCAACAUCUCCAACUUACUCUCCCACAUCACCAUCUUAUUCUCCAACAUCACCAUCAUAUAGUCCUGGAUCGCCAAGACAUUCUCCAAAUUCUAACAGUACAGAUAAGAAAGAAAAUGAAUAA